AAACCUUUAUACCAGGGAAUACUACUCAAUGCCCAGCAAACGUCCAAUCUGCAUCAAUGAAAGAUAAUUCAGUACUUGGACAAUAUAAAUCCAGUUGUUAUGAGCUGAUACCAAAUUAUCGAGUAAGCUGGUCACAUGGAGAACAGGUGUGUGUACAGCGUGGCGGUCACCUUGCAUAUAUCAUUGAUGCAGACGAGCAAGGAUUUGUGCAUUAUUUCUUAAGUCGCUAUUCUUCUAGGCAUGCGGUCUGGAUUGGUCUUCAUGACACAAAAAUAGAAAACCAUUUCGAAUGGACGUCAGGAAGCAGUGUUAGUUACACAAAUUGGGUCCCUGAUCAUUUGAAUAAUUUUGGCGCACAUGGUUACGAAGAUUGUGUUGCAUUUGUACCGUAUAAAGAUGGCAAAUGGGAUGACAUUCACUGUGGGGAAAGCAUCAAGCUCAUCGACCAUGACCUCGGAGAAGUUCAUCCUGUAAUUUGUCAAUAUGACUUGCCGAUAGUUCAACAAGCUCUUGGGUAAAAUAGACUCAGAAAGAAACAAUAUGUUAUCUAGCGACAUGUUAAUAAAAAUUGUGCUACUUGCAA